UUCACGCAGCAUGAUGGAGCUGUUCCGAGUUUGCCGGGUUUGCAUGAAGCAAGAGGAAAUGUACUGGUCACUGUACAGCCACUGCAACGUAAUGCCGGAAGGAUAUAACGCAGCCUACCUGAUCACGGAGUGCGUCGGGGUGAGCGUGGAUCCGGCUGACGGGUUGCCCGAUAUUUUGUGCCAACGUUGUUUAAAGGCCCUGCUCUGUGCGCACAACAUCCGGCAAACAUGCCUCGCCUCCGAUCGGAAGAUGAGGAAGCACCUUCAAGCGCUUUCUACGGUGAAAGAGGAGCACCAGAAAACGGACAUCCUAGCGACGGCAGUUGCGCUCGUGGAACAAGACGAAAUCCUGGAAACGGUGACCGUAGACCACUUCACCAAUCAAGUAAUUAUAGAACAGCACGACGAGGAGCAACAGGAAGAGGAGCAGGAACACCAGGAAUAUCAGCAGGAAAUACAGGAAGAGGAGCAGGAACACCAGGAAUAUCAGCAGGAAAUACAUGAAGAGGAGCAGGAACACCAGGAAUUGCAGCAGGAACAACCGGAAGAGCAGCAGGAAAUACAAGAAGUGCAGCAGGAAAUACAAGAAGUGCACAUUCCGGAAGACUGUGGGGCAGAGCUGCAGGUGGACGAGGAGCAGUAUGUCAUGGCUGAAUCGAUUGAGGGAUUCGUGGAGGAAGGCGAGGAUACGAUUUCCUCGGAAAACAGCAAACUACUGAUGGAAGAAGUGGAGUUCCAAGAGAUGGAGUAUUGCGAAGGGCCACUAGAUUCCGACGACAUCGUCGGGAUGAAAGUGGAGAUUGUGGAUAACAGUACAACUUCUUCGAAAGCCGCCAACCAUAUAUCCAACACGAAGGACGUCAACAGUUCACAGAAGGAUACCUUCACUUGCGAUAUUUGCUUGAAGACUUUCUCAACGAAGGGAAACCUCAAAUCGCACAUGAUGCUGCACACAAAUCAGAAACCAUUCGCCUGCGAGAUUUGUGGGGUUGCGUUUGCGAAAAAGGGCAACUACAAGGUGCACUUGGCACGUCAUUCGGACGUGCGCUCGAUCAAGUGUCCCUCCUGUGAGAAGACAUUCGUGCAUGAGGUCAAUCUAAAGAACCACAUGCGAAAACACACCGGCGAACGGCCCUUUGAUUGCCGCUACUGUACGAAAAAGUUCGCCUAUCUGUCGGACCGGAAGCGCCACGAGGUGAGGCACACCGGGGUCUAUCCGUACCACUGUGUAAAUUGCGAGAAGAAGUUUAUCCGAAAGCAAAGCUACCUAGUUCACAUUAACAAAUGCUACGAUGGCACAAUUUCACUGGUUGAAUCGGUGGAGGAUCACAGCUCAGAGGAUAGCCAGCCUUCCGUCGGUCACUAGCGUAAUCC